AUGGGUUGUUCAUAAGCUAAGAAUAAAUAGUCAAUCUCAAUCAACCUUAUGUCAUCAAAAUCCUAUGAAGCAAUGACUUAAUCAAAUUUUUAAAAGGACAAUAAUAAAUUUAAUAUACAUAAGAAUCCCAUCUUCAAAAGAAGAACUGAAAAGAGAAAUAAAAUGUCUCAAAGCACAGCAUGUACUCCAACUUUAAUUACAUAAUGA